ACCAUUUGGUGAAGGGCUACCAGCUGACGUUAUGGCUAGAUUCAUCAUUCUCUCCUCGAUCCUACCGGUAGUAUCAGUCUUAUCAUCAGCACCAGUAACGAAGCUGUCAACAGUAUCUUCAUCGUCAUCUUCAUCACCACCGAUAUCAUCAUCAGCAGCAGCAUCGCCAUCUUUGCCAUCAUCCUCGUCAUCAUCAUCAUCAUCAUUAUCAUCAUCAUCAUCAUCAUCAACCUUACCAUCAACAUCUCAGUUAACACAAUCAUCUCCAUUGUCUUCAACUUCAUCACCAUUGUCAUUAUAUGGCGUGACUGUGAUCGCAUCUGUGGCACUGUUUGCUGUGGUACUGACAGUGGGGCUCCCACUGAUAUGUAUUUACGCGUGCAGGGGAUACAAGAGACAUGACCCUUCCACUCAACCAAACAGCACACAGACGAACCAGAGAAGCCACAUAGAGAUCCCAGUGUGUGACGAGGGGUUUAAGCUGACCUCCUGUGACCCUCCUCCCUCUGAGACACCAGAUCUCACCCUUGUCUCCCCUGACAACAGCGACUCGGUCGCUCCUUUACCCAUGAGCCUCUCUGAUGACUACACAUACAUCUCUGCUGUGCCAACUGCCUCUGAGGAGGAGCCCAUAUACACCUCAGCUGAUCCACCACUAAGCCCAGGUCACGGCUCUGUAUGCGACUCUCCCUCAGAUGGAGUUUACUCUACAGCCGACAAACCUUCUGACUCUGUGUCCACAUCGUCCUCUCUCCAUCGGUUGAAUCAGUUGGGCUCCCCUGAAGAUGAUGUUUACUCAACUGCCGAAUUACCCACAAUCCUCUCGGGUGAUGACGGCAGGCAUUCCUUGACUGAGGUGCCACACGACCCACAGGAUCCCACCUACAACCUUGCUGAAUUGCCCAAGAGUCCCUCUGGUGAGACAGCUCACCCCCAAGCCCAAACAGGUGGGCCGAAUUCUGUCUCUGAGGAUAAUGCUUAUUCACUGGCAGAAUUACCCGUAGAUCUUUGCAAUGACUCCACAUACUCCCUUGCACAGUUACCCAGAAGCAGCUCUGCUGAGAUUAUAUACUCAAACUCUACAGAAGAUCCUAUAUACUCAGACAGCGACUCAGCCACAGACCCACAAGACGAUUCCACAUAUUCCACCACGGAGUCCGCCGUAAUUUCCCACAACCCAAUAUACUCUGUCUUGGAAUCAUCAACAAACCCUCCCAAUUCCAACCCUGAUGUAUCUCUAAACUCUCAAGAUCUCCCAUACCCAGCCACGGAAUUACCCACAAACCCAUCUGAUGAUCCCAUAUACGCUGAAGCAGAUGUGCCCUUGGACACCGCUCUUGACUGUGCAGAACAAUUACCCACAAAUCCUCUCUGAUGACCCCAUGUGCUGUGUUGCUCAGUUGCCUGUUGGACAACUCUGAGGAUUCCACUCAACAACCCUCCACAUCACCUUACAUAACUCUUAAUUAGCCUGAUGAACAACGUUGGGUUCUAUAACCACAUCAUGGCAAUAUAGUAUAUUAACAUCAAUGUAACGUUGGUCAGUGUUAGCAGUAAUGACCUCAUAGGUAAUCGUUCGGGUGAUGAGUAUGUGGUGGUAGUGGAAAGGUUGAUGGUUCGGCUGUAUCUGUUGUCUUACAUGUUCCAAUUGUAGUGCACUUUGAGCUGCAUUCUGUGUA